UUUUUAUCCUGUUUGCAACAUCAACAAGCGUCGUGAUCAGAUCUCUCUCUCUCUCUCUCUCUCUCUCAAUCUGCGUGCUGCUGCUUGGCUGUAGAUUCCCUCUCCUGCUCAUUGCCCCCACGCCACCCUCUCCAAUCCAUCGACAUGCCCAAACCAACCCUCAUCCAAACUGUCUUUCGGAAACCCACCAGAUCCUACGCCAGCGCCAAUUACCGAAAUCCUUAUGCAGACUAUGACGAUGAUAGUCUUUACGACUCAUACAGGUCUGCAUCGCCCGCGCCGUCAAAAUAUACCUCGCAUAUGGAUCAUGGGGUCCACUUGGGAUACACAGAGAUCAAUAACCCACGUUAUGCGACUGCAGGCGGCUCGUCAAAGAGGAGAUCAACAGUCUCUGGAGGAGCAGGUGUCGCCCGAGCGUCUGUCGCCACUGAAACUGGAGAUGGUUCGACUCAACCCAGUGCAGGGACCAUGUUUCCUAAACCCGUCAAGAGGACAAGUGGCACAGUCUCCGUACGAGGAACCAUGGUAGUCGUCACGUCGAAUGAUGUUGACGACUUGACCGAAGUGACGAGGUCAGGGACAGUCAAAAAGAAGAAGAAGAAGACAUUGUCUCAACCUGGUGGAAGUGAAGUGGGAUCAGUGAUUUCCAGCGUAUCGCGGACACCAACAGCACGCCGUACCAAUCAAUCCGCUCCAUCGACCCUGGCUCAUCCGAAACCCUCAUCGUCUGUGAGGUCGAGGACUCCUCGACCAGAGUACGACAUUGUCGAUUCAUCCGCAUCCUCUCCUCAAUCUACCAUGGCUCCUCCUCCUCUGCCGCGAAGGAAGCCUAAACCUGCUCCUAUCUCGACCCCUCUGGAAUCGAUGAUCGCACCUCCCUUGACUCCGCCUAUCUCAGAGAAAUCUGAUUCAAAUUCUAGACAUCGGGAUUAUCACUCUGGCCCAGAGGAUCCAAACGAACAUCCUGCCCCUCUCCCUACACGACCUAUCAAGUCACCAAAACGCAAAUCUGUUGGUAGCGCCACUCACAUGGAUGACGACGGGGACGAGCAAGACAUCUUCUAUACACCAAAGACCAGUAUUGACCCAAACUCCGCCAGAUCAACCAUGGUCGAACCUCCUACUUCAGCUCAACUCGCCCCACCUGCACCACCUGCCGUCGUCUUUCAGCCUGCUACACCUGCUGUAGAGCCGGACGAGACACCAUUCCAUUCUGAGCAGAGCUCUACUGUCUCCGCCACCCUGCAUCCGAAUGACAAUCCAAUCGAGAAAGUCACACCUCGACGUUCAAGGGACUCAGUCCAAUCACCAACACCAAAGAGACGCACUCGUAAAGCGCCUCCACCUGUCGACCCGACAGGCGACGAUGCGGAUGACGCAGAGAGCGGCGCGAGUGAGAUUGGAGCUGAGGAAUCACAGGAGCUAGAAAGCAGACGUGUCUCCCCUGGAGCCCCUAGUCGAGUGGAUUCUGCCCGUUCUAGUCCAAUCGAGGGAUCCCGUUCUCGACCGCCAUCCGUGACGGACUCGAGUAGAGAACCUAGGCCUAAAUCUAGAGCUUCGGCACGAGGAUCAAAUUAUGAUGAUUUCGUGGUCGUUCGACGAGAUUCGUCCUAUGCUAGAUCGGAGGUCUCCCUAGGAGGUCGAUCGGCUCGAUCGGCUCGAUCCGGACGCGAGGGCUCUGUCAGCGGCACGAGCGGGUACGGCAAAGGCGGUUGGGCGGCCGCCGCUGCGAGCGCUUCUGGUGCCACUUCACCGGUUGGCAUGUACAUGCCUACGAAUGGACACGAUGGAUGGGCAGAUUUCCAUCCCCCGCCCAGACAGUCCAAAUUCACUCCCCUCCCUCCAGCAUCUCAACCUCAGACGUUUGAUCGACUUGUGCACGGCGUACAAGAUCGGCAAGAACCGCCAGAAGAGUCAUACCCGAGUUCUUACGAGAGCUCAGACGAUGAAGAUGAUCAACUCCCUCAACCGAGUCGAUCCUAUGCUCGACGCACAAACGAUCCUUCACCAUCGCACAGUCUACCGAGCUCCAACAGCGCACCUACCCCGCCCGAAGUGUAUCAACAGCAGCGCUUAGAUCAACUGAUGAUUCACCAACCCUCCCGUCUGGCUCCCGAAUCUGAGCCUGAUUCGCCCAGUUCCUGGCACCAGGACACAUUAAGACGGCUGGUAGGAAUAUCCCUUGGGAAUGGCCCGAUCAAUCACCCCGGUUUGCCCGAACGACCGGACUCCCGAUCCGAGCUUUACGCUACAAUUCCCCGAAUCGAUACAGAUACGAGCCCUGACGGACGUCCAUCAUCACGUCGAAGUCAAACUGCUCCUUCCGAGACUGCCACUUACCUCUCUAUGCCAUAUAGCACUCGAUCCUACUCUGAUCGCCCAAUGUCACCCACUCGAGAAUUCAGUGGUCCACCUCGGCCUAGCUCUCGAGUCGGAUUCGAGCCGCCAUCCAUGUUGAACCCAGACACCCUGACUCUUCUACCUGAAAUGUCGGCAGAAGAUUCCGCCAAAACCUACGAAGCGCCGGAGAUACCCCGACCACCGUCUAGAAAACAGGGCAGUGUGAAGCGAGCUGCGAGCGUCUUCAGUGUCCGCUCCAGAGCAUCCAAAAGCGAAUUUGAGGAUUAUGCGGAGGAGAGAAAGGACGUUGUUGGCGAGUUGUUGCCGAUCCGCAAGGCGAAAUCCGCAGUCAGCUUCAGAAACAGCGGUCAACAGGAUUGGGAAGGUAGCAGUGCGGGAGAGGGCGUCUUGAUGGAGUCUCAUGGUAGAGAUUCAGAUAGCGUCGGAGGUUACACGAGUGGUCUCGUUCUGCCUGCCGGAGCAUACAAGCCUGCCGAUCCUACCAAGAGUGCAUCCGAGAUCAAUGCUCGAAUCCUCGGUAUGCCCCAUGCCAAUAUGGCUGCCGUUACGCUGGCCACACUGCCAUCACGAGAUACCCCACUCCAUCUUCGUACCAUGAACCCUCCCGUCGACUUUACGUCAUAUGUCAAACCUCCCACGAAAGUCGGCAAGGGUCAACUUUUGGUGCAGAUAUACGCCACUGCUGUCGACGUUUCGGAUAUCAGGGCGCUUGACGACAAGACGAAGGCCGAUGUGCACAAGUGGGUUCCGGGCCGAAGCUUCGUCGGACGGUGCUUGAGUGCUGGGAUGGACGAAAAGGACAUUGUCAGGGGUGAUAUCGUUGUGGGCCUGCUGGAUAUCAAGAAGAGCGGUGCACUGGCCGAAUACAUCCUGUGCGAUCGCCGUCGACUCGCGCGAGCUCCCUACCCUACUUCCUUGACCUUGGAACAGAUGUCUCUCUUGCCCCUGCAAGGUAUUCCCGCGGCUCGGUUGAUUCGAGCGGCACUGGUCCGCAACUCUCGGGCUCUCAUCAUGGACGCCAAUGCCGGUAUCGCCGCAUUGAUCUGCCAAGAAAUGAGUCGAGCCGGCGUCAACGUGACUGCGCUGAUCCCCGGAGGAGAAGACACACACGAAGCUCAAACGGCAUGUAUGGCGAAUGGCGCGCGAGGUGUCUUGAUCGGAUCACCGGCAGCUGUCAUUUUGAGUUUGGAUGAAGGUGGAUGGGAUUUCAUUUUCGAUACUGCGGGUGGUCAACGAGUAUAUGAAGCUGCGAAGCGGAUCUUAAAGAAUGGAGCGAGAUUGGUCAGUACGGUCAAAUACGACGUCAAUGCCGUUUCGCCCAUUCAUAAUCGGACGUCUGGAUUCAAAGCCCUCCGAAUGGCAUUUGCAAACAAGCGCAAGGAUUCAAAAUUCAUUUCGUUCGAAUACCUCGCUCCGGCUGGAACGGGAGAACCAGAGGUAGAUGCCUCUGGGAUGGACUGCAGAGAUGUCUUGGAGGACACUGCGAUGGUUGGAUUUAGACCCGUCGUGAGGGAUGUUUUCCCCUUGGAAAGGGGUCCAGAGGCGUUCAAACCUGUCAAGGGGCCCCAUGUGUCGGUCGUCAGGUUGGUCAACUAGGAGUUUGAGUGGAUCAUAUCUUGAACAUGCAUUUAUAAUUUGAG